UCAAUUUCACAGAGUAUUAGAAGGGGAGGAUUUGCAGUCGGGAAACUGAAACCAAACAUCAGAAUCUGACAGAGUUGCCCAAUUUAUCGUAACUUGAAUAUCAUUGGAAUUUGAACAUGGUCGGAAGAAAGCACCGUUCACAGUGGAGAGAAACCGUACACGUGUACUGUGUGUGGACGAGGUUUCAGUCAGUCAUCUGGCCUGUCGAAACAUAAAUGCAGUCAGAAUGGGGAGAAACCGUGGAAAUGCAGGGACUGUGGGAAGGGAUUUAAUUACCCAUCGGAGCUGGAAAAUCAUCAGCGAGUUCACACUGGGGAGAGGCCAUUCACCUGCUCUGAGUGUGGGAAGGGAUUCACUUGUUCAUCCACGCUGCUGAAACACCGACGAGUUCACACUGACGAGAGGCCUUUCAAAUGUCCAGACUGUGGGAAGUGCGUUAAAAGUUCCCAGGAACUGACGGCCCAUCAACGUGUUCACACUGACGAGAGACCGUUCAGGUGCUCUCACUGUGGGUCUGGGUUCAAGACAUUAUCUGUUCUCACUGUGCACCAGCGAAUUCACACAGGAGAGUGGCCGUUCAGCUGCUCUGAGUGUGGGAAGAGAUUUGCUCACUCAUGCCAUCUGCUGACACACCAGCGAGUUCACACUGGGGAGAGACCUUUUAAAUGUCCAGACUGUGGGAAAUGCUUUAAAAGUUCUGUGGACCUGAUGCUCCAUCAACGUGUUCACACUGAUGAGAAACCAUUCAGGUGCUCUCACUGUGGAACUGGGUUCAGGCACUCAUCUCAACUAACUGUACACCAGCGCAUUCACACUGGGGAGAGACCUUUCACCUGCUCCGAUUGUGGGAAGGGGUUCACUCAGAAAUCCAACUUGCUGACACACCAGCGCACUCACACUGGGGAGAGACCGUUCGUCUGCUCCGACUGUGGGAAGGGAUUCACUCAGUCAUCCACCCUGUUGGCACACCAGCGAGUUCACAUUGGGGAGAGGCCGUUCACCCACUCCGAGUGCGCAAAGGGAUUCGCUCAGUCAUCUGCCCUGUUGACACAGCAGCGAGUUCACACUGGGGAGAGGCCGUUUACCUGCUCCGACUGUGGGAAGGGAUUUACUCAGUCAUCCAACCUGCUGACACACCAGCGAGUUCACACUGGGGAGAGACCGUUCACCUGCUCCAAGUGUGGGAAGGGAUUCACUACCUCAUCCAACCUGCUGAGACACCAGCGAGUUCACAAGUAACUACGGUGAUUGGAUUUUUCUGUUAUUCACAUCCAAGACUGAACUCUGUCAUUUGGUCUGUUUCUGCUGAUGUUAAACUCCACGCCAAUUAUAGGGGUCAGUAUUCUGGAUAAAGUCAAAUAAAUCAGCCUUAUGUUAAACAUACAGUGUGUCAAGUCUUUGUAACAUCUCUAAAACAAGUUAGAUCCUUUUGAAGUGCUCUCCCUCUCUUAUACCUUCCCUCUUGCCCCCUCAGAGCUCAUGCUAUCAAUGAGACCUGCCUUCUGCUGCCUUGACCCUAUUCUCACUAAACUGCUGACCAUCCAUUUUCUCCAUGUUAGCUGAUAUUGUUAAUGGUUCUCUUUCUCUUCUCUGUCCCACUCACCUUAAAAUCCACCACCAUCACCCUCCUGAGAAGAAACAAACCUUUACCCCACUACCUUUGCAAACUACCGUCCCAUCUCCCAAGGGGAGGGCCCACCAUCCGUGGUUAACCAAAAAAGUUAAAAUACAGUAUCAAACUUAAAGAAAAAAUAUGUAAUCACACAAAGAUGUGUGGCAGGUCAGAAGAUUGGAAA